CGUCAUGCUAAGGAAGCGUUGACGUGCCAAAGCAGUGGCGUGUGGGCCCCAGCUAGCAAUACCUGGCUCUAACGCAGAACAACUGUACAAAAACAAAAAAGUGGACUGUCUCCCGUAUUACAUGUAGAUAGCUGACCCUUUGGCAACCUGCGGUCUGACAAUGGGAGCGAGUAACAGUACCCGCCGCGUCUCAUUUGAGUCAGAUGAGAACGAGAAUAUAACGGUGGUGAAGGGCAUACGGCUCUCUGAGAAUGUCAUCAACCGCAUGAGGGAACCUGUUACUCCACCUAAACAUGAACCAGCCCCCACACCGCCACCUUCCAUGGCACCUACCCUCACUCCUUCUCCUCUCCUGCGGCCAGUGCCACCCCUCUUUGACCCGGUCACCUCCUUGCCUCCUCCCCCUCCUAUUGUAGAACCUGUUGCACCUCCAGCUCAUCCUCCACCAGCUCCAUUUGCCACAGAGACAGUGGCUGCUCCUCCACCAACACCUCCUCAGCCUCCUACAGAACAGGUAGCAGCACCCACCAUAAUUGACAUGGUGCUCCCAUCUUCAUCACCCCCAGCUGCUGCCAAUGCUGUUACUGCUCCUGCUUUUGAGCCUGUGGCGGUACCUUCUUCUCCUCCUUCUUCUGCUGUUCCUGCUCCUGCUCCUGCUCCAGCUACUGUUGAGCCGGUAAUUUUGCCUACACCUCUGCCCCCUGCUCCUCCUCCUCCCGCUCCCAUUGUCCCCCUGAUACCUGCUCCCUGCCCUGCUCCAGCUGUGGUGGAAGCGAUCACUCCGCUUGCUCCUCCUCCCCAUGUUAUUGAACCAUCUCCUCCUCCCAUAAAUCAAUCCGUUGCUUCUUCUCCUCCAGUAAUUGAACCCAUUGCUCCUCCACAUGUGAUUGAACCCAUUCCUGCUUCACCUGUAGCUGAACCCAUACCACCUCCUCUUCCUGUCAAGAUUGAACCCAUCAUUGCUCACCCUCUUCCUGAGUCGGAACCCCUCUCUUCCCCUCCUGUUUUUGAGCCUGUCGCCAUCCUGCCAGUCCUACAUCAUUCAGGGGACACUUUAUCCCCGCAGCCUGCUGAGCCAUUUGCUGCACCUCCCCUUCCUGAGUUUACUGCUCCUUGUGACCCAGUUGCACCUCCUCCCCAGCCCCAAGUGGAGCCAGUAUCCCCUGCUCCUGUCCCUGAGCCAGUGGUAGUGCCUGAGUCAAGUUUGGUCCCACCACCUCCUGCUGCACCGCCCGUUGAUAAGGAGGCCCUAAGGAAGAAGAUCACUGAUGAGCUGUACAAAAGCUUGGACCAGGACAGGGCUAAGGCAGAGCGAGAGCUGCAAGCCUGGCUGGAGGAAGAGAAGGCUCGGUCAGCAGCCCAGGCUCAGGCUGAUGCCCAGUCCCAGGUCCGGGGAGAAGUGUCCAGGCUUCUGUCUGUGGAGCGCGCCGUGGCCCAGGAGAGCCUCCAGCAGGCUGUAAUAAGAGAGAGGAUUGCCACCGAAGAUGAGAAGCUGCGCGCUCAACUCUUUGAGAUAGGACAGAAGGUGAAACAGCUGGAGGCAAGAGAAGCAGAUCUAAAGAAGCAGGAUGCUUUCUACAGAGAGCAGGUGGCACGGCUGGAGGAGAGGAGCGCCCAGUUCUACAAGGUCACCACAGAGAACUACCAUAAAGCUGCCGACCAAGUGAAUGCCAAGUUCAAGCGGUAUGAGAUGUAUCCUGUGUGCGCAGACCUGCAGGGCCAGAUCCUUGCAUGCUACAAAGAGAACGUUGGAAAAACCCUGAACUGCUCCAACAUAGCAUCCCUUUACCUACAGUGUGUCAACAACGCAAAACAGAACAACAAGUAUGCGCAUGUACCCUCAUGGACAGAUGAUAUAACAAGUUGAGGACCGGGGGAUAAGGACGAGAGAGAAAGAAAGAGGGAGCAAUGAAGAGUUUAUGGUGUGGGAUUACUUAUUAUCGACCGACUGACAGACAGACCAAACCGGAGCGGCGGAAGCGAGGCACGAGUCAGCACCAAGACACACACUCUGUAAACCCCCGUGGAGAACCGAACCAAACCAGACUAGAGGCACCGAACACAGCACCCUGAGAGAGAAAUAGACACGUUUUUCCCCUUGAUUCCUGUCCCCUUUCCCCACUUCUCUUACCUUUUGUCUAUCUCUCCUGUGAGUAUGUAGGGAGUGACACUGUCUGCCUUUUUAAAGCGACAGCAGGGGCCGACAGGACCCAGCAGGCCUGAGCUCGGCCCGCUAAAAAGGACAGUAAAAAACGGAACCGGAACGAACACAAGAAAGCAAGCCACCUCUGUCGCAGGCCGCUUGGACCCAUCCCUUCUCACUCCAGCACUGUUAGAAAAUUAGAAGUUUAUUUUUACUAAUACAAGUCAGUCCUAUUUUGUUGUCCAUAAAUCAUUGAAAUCAUUGUGUUCCUGCUUCUAAUGCACUAUCCUGUACACAAAAACACAUGUAUGCGUCUGUUUCUUCUUUGCAUCUGUUUCGUGUGAGUUUGUGUUAUGUUAAUAAUGUAACGACAUGCGUGUUGAGUAUUCAUCCAGACCAACGCUUGUGACGAUGUCUGAUCAGAGGAAAUAAAAGACGAAACAAUG